AUGCCAAAAGUAGUUGAUAGCUAUGUGCUUGAGAGAAGUAUAGGAAAAGGACAAUUUGGAGAAGUGUUCAAAGGAUAUAAUAAGCAAACAAAUGUAGACAUAGCAGUGAAAUGCGUAAAGAGGUGUUGAGUAUUUCAAAUAUUUAGGGAACUGCUGAAAGGGAAGUUUACGGAGUUGUUAGAAAAUGAAAUAAAAGUACUGAGGACUUGCAAUAAUGAUAACAUCAUAAAGUUAUAUGAUAUAAAGAAGACUGCCAAUAACAUAUAUCUAAUAAUGGAGUACUGCAAUGAAGGUGAUCUUUCAUGUAAUAAUAAUUGUCAUUUAAAUGUAGAGUACAUAAAACAAAAGAAAUUUUUACUUGAAGAAGAAGCAGUAGAUUACUUGCUUUAAAUUCUAAAUGGAUUUAAAACACUUGUUAAGAAUAAGAUAAUGCAUAGAGACUUCAAAUUGGCAAAUAUCCUAAAACAUGAUGGCAAUAUUAAAAUAGCAGAUUUUGGAUUCUCAAAACUUUUGAAUGACAAUUAAGGUUUAGCCACAACAAUGCUAGGAUCUCCACUUAAUAUGGCUCCAGAAGUACUCAAUAAUCAAGAAUAUGACAGCAAAGCAGAUAUUUGGUCAAUUGGUACUUGUUUUUAUGAAUUAUUAUUUGGAAAAUCACCAUUUACAGCCACAAAUAUGGUUGAAUUACUCAAGAACAUAUAAACUAAAUAGUUCGUUAUUAAUAGAAAAGUAAAUAAUAUAUCUGCUACUGCAGAAGAUUUAUUAAAAAAAAUGCUUGUUGUAAAUCCUAAAAAUAGAAUAUCUUGGGAUGAUCUAUUUAAACAUGAAAUAAAUUUCUAUUAAGAAGAAAAGUUAAAGAAAGAUUUAGAAACUACAUUAAAGGGUGGAGAAUUAAUGAUGAAUAUGAGUAAAUUUUACAUCAAAAAUAAUAUGGUCAUUGAUCAUCCAGCUGAAAUAAAGAAAAAGGAAGAUUUAAAUAAUUUCGCUAUGUAAGUAGCCCAAAAGGGUCCAUAGAAUUAAUAAUAAUAAUAUGUUGGGCCAUUAUUAAAGAAACCUUAAGAAGAAAAUAAUCUUGCAAGAUAGGAUUCAGCUAAAACUGUUUAGAGUACUUAAGGACCAGUUUAAGAUAUUGGUAAUGAAGAAGUCACUGAUAAGGAAACAUAAAGAGAAAAAGAAAUUAAGGCUAAAAAAAGAAAUGCUAAUAGGAUUUUGCAUGAAAGAAAUAUAUAUGUUUUUCUUGCAUCUGUUGCCGAAGAAGCCAUGAAUAAUCAGACUAUUCAAAACUAUGAUGUUACAGGAUUCUUGUUAGUCAAAAAGUUGUUACAAUUAAUUGAUUUCCUAAAAACCAUUCUACAAGAUAAAUAAAAUUGUUAUGGAUUGGAGUAUUUAAUUAAUUUUAUUUACAUCCUAGGUUUUGGGAACAGUUUACUUAAAGUAAGGAUUAUAAAGACAUCCACACAUACAUUUCAAAAGAAUUUGAUGUUUUCAAAUCCUACUUUGAUUCAAUCUUUGAAAAAAUUAGUAUUUAAGUAUAAUAGAGACCAAAAAUGGAUGAUGCCAUUAAAUAAGCUAUUAACAACAAUUUUAAAUAGAACAAUCAAUAAAUAUUAGUCAAAUGUUUAGUAGAUUAUUCAAAAUUAUUGAUUGAAACCCUUAAAAAAACAAAACCUUAAGAUUAAGUAAUUUAAAUUAUAUAUUUAAGAAUCGAUAAUAAUGGAUCCAUGCUGAUAGAGUAUUAGAUUGUAUAAGAUUAGAAGAAACCUUUUAAUUUGAUGAUAGACUAACAAACUAGCAAUUUAAUUUUAAAUAAUAUUAUGAAAAUGAUAAUUUAUUGGAAAUGGAAGCCCUAUAAAAAAAGGUGCUAUAAAAGUUUGAGAAACUAAAAUGAA